CUGAUCAGUGGUGGUUCUAUUGUAAGUGCUGAGGCAGUAUGGGAUCACGUCACCAUGGCCAACCGGGAGUUGGCGUUUAAAGCAGGAGACGUUAUCAAGGUCCUGGAUGCUUCCAACAAGGACUGGUGGUGGGGUCAGAUCGAUGAUGAAGAAGGAUGGUUUCCCGCCAGCUUCGUGAGGCUAUGGGUAAACCAAGAAGAUGGAGUGGAGGAGGGAACCAGCGACGUGCAGAAUGGCCAUUUGGAUCCAAGCGCCGACUGCCUCUGUCUCGGCAGGACCGUUCAGAACCGAGACCAGAUGAGAGCCAACGUCAUCAAUGAAAUCAUGAGCACGGAGCGCCACUACAUCAAGCACCUCAAGGACAUUUGCGAGGGUUACUUAAAGCAGUGCCGGAAGAGGAGGGACAUGUUCAGUGAUGAACAGCUAAAAAUCAUCUUUGGCAACAUUGAAGAUAUCUACAGAUUUCAGAUGGGUUUUGUCCGGGACUUGGAGAAACAGUACAACAACGAGGACCCUCAUCUCAGUGAAAUUGGACCAUGUUUCCUUGAACACCAAGAUGGCUUCUGGAUCUAUUCGGAGUACUGUAACAAUCAUCUGGAUGCAUGCAUGGAGCUUUCCAAGCUGAUGAAAGACAGCAGGUACCAGCAUUUCUUCGAAGCAUGUCGUCUGUUGCAGCAGAUGAUUGAUAUUGCCAUAGACGGUUUCCUUCUGACGCCGGUGCAGAAGAUCUGCAAAUACCCCCUGCAGCUCGCAGAGCUACUGAAGUACACCGCGCAGGAUCACAGUGACUACAGAUACGUGGCUGCUGCUCUCGCCGUCAUGAGGAACGUGACCCUGCAGAUCAACGAGCGGAAGCGGAGGUUGGAGAACAUUGACAAAAUAGCUCAGUGGCAGGCUUCCGUUCUGGACUGGGAGGGAGACGAUAUCUUGGACCGCAGCUCGGAGUUGAUCUACACGGGAGAGAUGUCCUGGAUUUACCAGCCUUAUGGACGGAACCAGCAGCGUGUUUUCUUUCUCUUUGAUCACCAGAUGGUUCUCUGCAAGAAGGAUCUGAUCCGAAGAGAUAUUCUGUAUUACAAAGGUCGCAUAGACAUGGAUAAAUACGAAGUGGUGGAUAUUGAAGAUGGGAGAGAUGAUGACUUCAACAUCAGCAUGAAGAACGCCUUCAAACUUCAUAACAAGGAGACUGAGGAAAUGCACUUAUUCUUUACCAAGAAACUGGAGGAGAAGUUACGAUGGCUUAGAGCUUUCAGAGAAGAAAGGAAGAUGGUAAAAGAAGAUGAAAAGAUAGGCUUUGAAAUUUCUGAAAAUCAGAAGCGGCAAGCGGCAAUGACAGUAAAGAAAGUCAGUAAGCAAAAAGGUGUGAGCUACUCCAAGUCGGUUCCUCCAGCCUACCCACCACCCCAGGAUCCAUUAAAUCAGGGACAAUACAUGGUGACAGAUGGCAUAUCCCAGUCCCAGGUCUUCGAGUUCACCGAACCCAGACGCAGCCAGGCGCCAUUCUGGCAAAACUUCAGCAGGUUAACACCAUUCAAAAAAUAAUACGUAGAGAGAUGGAGAAUUUUAACUUAAAAGAACUAAAAUUUAAAAAUAAAAAUAAAUAAAAUU